AAUACGAACCUGGCAAGUGAAUGAAGGAAGCGAUAAUUUUUGCAAUACGGUACGGUACCGGGUAAUGACUUUGACAAGAGAGAGAGAGAGAGUCGAAGAGAGAUGAAAGGAUUAAUGGUGCGCGUCGGCCUCUGCCGAGAGCUCGGCCAGCCAGCGCCCAGCUAGCCUCCUAUCCUCCGACCUCGCAGGCCAGGGCAGCUGGCAGCCGCUCGCGCCGUCUGACCCCACGAAAAAUUGAGAGCAGAGCAGUUUCUACAAUAUGAGGGCAGACGUUCUGACCGUCAUACCUACGUUUGGCAUUCUUUUGAGCUAAAAUGAGGAAACGGAUGAAUUUCACUUCAUUUGACAAGUCAUCUUACUUUCCAGUGUACCUUUUCUCAUUGUUUUCAUUUUAACGAAGCCGAAGGAAAAGAACCGUUUUUUAGACUGAGUCUGACUCUGACUCUGAGACGGUCCGGAGAUGAACGAUCAUGUCAGUGAAGCCAAUGCUAGGGCCUAGGCCUAGGGCAAUGGAACUAACUAGACAUUGACAUUGUUGUAAACCAACUUAGCUUUAAAAGUGCAGUGGCCUGAGACCAUUUUUGUUGGUUAUCUCCUUCAUUCUCUUUUUGAGAGAGAUUUCAAACGUCAGCCAUGGCAGAUGUCAUCGAAUUUCUUCAUCAAAAAGGGUUCAGCGAUGUUAUUGUUAAAGGAUUCAUUGACAAUGACAUCGAUAUGUCAAUCCUGCCCACCAUCACAGAGAGCGAUUUGAAGGAAUUGGGCAUCGGGAAGACUUUCGGAGAGAGACGGCGGUUGAUAAUGGCAAUAAAGAGUUUGCCUUCUCCUGGUGAGAUUACCAGCAAUGUCAGCUGCAGUGUGCAGCCACCUCAAGCUCCCAGUAUAAGUGUGGCGAAUAUGGCCAAGUACUACAGGGCACCACUUACAAGGCCAGAGGAUUACGAUAUCAGGAGAAUUCUUGAGAGUCAUUACAAGGGGAGGGGAGUUGUUCGUGUUCUUGACUCUGGUAAAAGUCCAUCAGCUAUGGAUAGGAGAGCACUGGUGCAAGUAACGGUUGACUAUCUAGUUGAGAAUGGGGGUCAUAUGCUAUACCCAACCAUGGAGCAGAAGCAAGCCUUGGCAAUGGCGAUUGUUACACAGUUUCCUGCUUUGAAGAAUAAACAACAUGGAGAACAUGGUCAUGAGUACCUUUUUCAUAAAGGUGGUGGGUUCUUGGACUAUCGACUGAAGAACUUGCGAACAACAGCUGCACGUCGGAGGGCGUAUGAAGUGCAAGGCCUUCCCAUUCAACAGGAGGAAACAAUGGACAUGCAAUCCUUGAUGUCUGAGAAUCAAGGUCUAGAUGAUGAAUGCCAGUUGAUUGAUGAUACUCCAGCUUCAAGUUAUAGCCAAAGCAAUGUUGAGCGCACUCAAGAUGAUGUUGAUCGCACUCAUAACAAUGUUGAAUGCACUCAUAACAAUGUUGAAUGCACACAAAACAAUGUUGAACGCACUCAAAACAAUGUUGAACGCACUCCUAACAAUGUUGAACUAACUGACAGGUUGAAAGGAAACACGUUGGUGUCACUCAAACAAGAGGCAAAAGAUGUUGUGUCUGUUGAGAUAGAGCUAAUAGACCAAUCUUCAGACCCUAGACCUACUGGAAACAAUUCUGGAGAUAGACUAGUUGAUAUGGAUGAUGGUAUAAGGACGCACUUACCAGCAUUAGAAAAUCAAAGAGGAGGAGAAAACAUUCACGUUCAACCAGAUAGUGUUUCCCAAAGCAGCCAGUGUAUUCAGCCUGUUGGAGUUCCUAAGAUGCAGGAAGCACAUCCUGGGAACUCUCAAAGACAAAGUGGACAUGCAACCUGCCAUGGACAGGUUGGCCAAAAUCUGCAUCAAAGUGUUAACACAACAUGUGUUCAGUCACAAGACAUGUUGGAAACAAACAACCAAAAGUCCUCAAAUCAGAGAUCAGUGGAUAAUAUUAUCAGCAGACAGAUACACGGAGGUAGUGUUUAUCAUCCAUGUUCAAGUCAUAAUAACAAUGGCCUGCAAGAUAUGUGGAAUGUACACUCAAAAUGUCCAAAUCAGAGUGCUAAUAUGAGCAACCAUGUUGAAAUGGGCCAGUCUUCACAUCAGUUUUCAACUCCAAAUAUUGUUGGAUCGAGAGAAAUGCCGUCACCACAGUUCUCGAAUGCUCCUCCUCUAUGCCAAAGGGAUAACUUCCAUCAACAGUUUGCACCAGUUCCUUUUCCUAUGCAAGCUCCCCAUUCAAGCAAGCAUAAUGGUGGUUUUUACCAUCCACCUCUACUUUCUAGGCCAGAGCACUACAACAUAAGAAGGAUUCUUGAAAGCAGCGGCAAGGGACUGGAAGUUCUUAGAGAAUUGGAUCAGGGCAAGAUGCCAUCGGUUAAGAACAGAAGAUACCUGGUUCAAGUCACAGUGGCAUUUCUGGUUGAGCAUGGGGGUAAUCUGCUGUAUCCUUCCAUGGCACAAAAAGAAGCCUUGGCAAUAGCGAUUGUUUCUCAGUUUCCAUGUACAAAGGAUAAACUUCCAGGGGCAAAGGGUCAUGAGUACCUAUAUCAUAAAGGCGGUGGCUUCUUAGAAUUCCGCCUGAAGACCUUACGAUCGACAGCUGCACGUCAGAGGGCCUCUGGAACGCAGAAAAGAUAUUUUCCACCACCUUCUGUGAUGAAGAUGCAACCCUUCGGAUAUAGAUGUAGAUCUCAGGUAUCAGAUCCAGUUCCUAACCCAAGUGCAAGUGAUGACAUUGAACUUCUGGCAGCCCAACCAUCUAGUCCAACUCUGAUUAAAGUCGAAGAAACUGAAGAUGGAGAAUGCCACGGCUGGAAAGCAGAGGACACAGAGGAAUUGGUAGCCAUUAAAGCUUUCUUUAAGGAUACACACCUUCAACGAGAUGAGUGGAUUCAAGGGGGUGACCUCAGUAUAUCUGAUAUCAUAGCGAUGUAUCCUGCUUUCAAGGAUGUGCCUGUAAUGAUCGACUACGACUUCUCAUUGAAGUAUGGGGCUGAAUCUUCGGAUGCUCUAUCUUCAUGGCUACAAGAGUUCACAAAACCUAUUCUGGCCUUGGCGAGGACUAAAGAUACAACUUCGAUGAUCCUUGAUGCCUUUGGUGACAAUGGAGACAUCCACCUGUGUGCCCUGCAUGUUCUUAUAGAACUUCUACCAACUCCUACUGGUGUUGUCUGUAAAAAGCAGCAGAAAAUGAUUGGAAAAGCUUGUGCUGUUACCAGAAAUUCAACAAGCCCUGUCUUUCAACAUGAACAAACUGGGACUGAUGCUGCUGCAUACGCUACAGGCAAGCCAGCGGAACUCACCCAGCCAUUCCUGCUGUGCCUAGGCCCCAGAACAGCCCCUGAGGAAUACUACCUCAUCUUAGACAAUAUGGCUAUACCAGCUGGAAACUCCAUCCUGACUGCAUUCGCCAGGCUCUUCAAGUCAUUCUAUGUAUUCAAGGCUCCUUUUGAUAGUCGUGUCUUGAUAUUCUUUGGUUUCUUUGCCUCAGUGGUGUACAAGGUUUCAAAGAACAUUUCUCCUCAGGUCAGAGCAUUUUAUUUGCUCUUAUGCAACCAAGGAAAUCAGUAGUUUAUGUAUAAAGCAAGGACACAAUUUUUUCUCCUUUUUUUUGGGGGGGGGGGGGGUGCAUUAAAAUUUCCACCUGUGUAUUGUUUUGUUAAUGUUGUUAGCUCUUACAAGUUGCUGUAAUACAAAUAGCAAUAGGUAUGAGUGCGGUUGUACAAAACUCUGCAUGAGGUCAAAGAAAGAUGCUCUAUUCAGUGAGUUGAUUAGAUCCCUCUCUUACCAAAUGCAAGCUGUCAUACCAUUGCACAAAGAGAUAUAUUCACUAUUUGUGUUGUAAAACACCCUGAAAAUUAGCGAAAAUAUGACUACUUUAAAGAAUAAUUGAAUUUUUUUACUACAUUCUUCCAUUAAAAAUAAAAUGAAAGAAUUAUUAAAAGCAAACAGUAAAAUCUCUGAGCAGCAUGCAUUGCUAGUGGUGAUUAAAGUACACAUCGAAUCUGCAGCAGUGGGCAUUUAGCCAACAGGCCUACGUGUAUUAAACCUGCUUUUGAUUCAUGUAGUGAAGUUAAUUGAUUCGUAUCUAGUGUCUAGUCUGUAAACAAGAUUUAAAAAUAUUGUUUUGAUUCAAAGCUAUUGCAUUGGAAAGUUGAAGUCAUUCUUGCCUCAUAAUGCUACGGACGUUAAGUAUUGUCUUUAUGUUUUCAUUUUGUGUGAUAAAACUUGUUUUUAUGUAAACACAGUUACAUGUAUUUAUGUCUGUAUGUAUGAAAAGGGAAAAGGCCCUUGGGGUAAUCAAACCUACCUUGUAAAAUGAAUAUUUUUAUUUCAGGUUUCAAAACAGUAGAAGUAAUUUGCUAGGACUAUCAAAGAAUUAAGCAUUAUUAUAGUAGGAAUCUAAAUGUUAACUGGAGCUAGAAUCAUGUUAUAUUAGGAACAUUGAUUCUUUAUUCUAAAACUUACACCAAAAUCAUUGUUUCAAAUAUGUGGAAGAAUAACCUACAAGGUUAGGAUGAUCAAAAUAUAAAUAUAAAAUAUUGCAAUAAUCAUAACUUAUCUGUUACUGCACAUUUUGCAGUUUGCACAGUCUGAGAAAUGUUGAAAAUAGCCCGCUCAAGUAGGGGGGGGGUAACAUCAUAAUAGUUGUGUCUUUAUAAAGUGUAGGAGGUAAAAAUUAUGGAUAAAUAUUAUUUUUAUUGUAAUAUUGUCUUAAAAUAAGGUUAAGACUGGUUUCAUAUUAAAGGUGCUAACAAACUUCUUGCCCUCAACAUAUCUUAAAAAUCCAUAUUUUAUUGUUCGAAAUAGACACCAGAAAUGAAAUACUCCGAAAAUUUGUUUUGCCCAAUUGACCGUGGGCCCGGCAGCCGCUGUGCAGCGCCAGAUCGACGAGGCUCUAUUCCUUUAAUUGUUAAACGCCAAACAGGGUAGCAGCAACUCCCAUCUUUUAACCUGUUUUGGUCUGAUGCGGCCAGGGUUUGAACCCCCGAUGAAUGAAUAUCCUCCAAUGAAAUCAAGUUAUUUUGCUGUAUUGCUGUUUUACAUAUGAUUGGUUAAACUUCACAUUUAGCAUUUUUUCUUCAAAAGUGUGUGAACCAUUUAAGAAUUUUCCAUGAUUUAAAACAAAGUAUAACAUUUAUGUUGAAUUGUAUGGGAUUUAUUUUCAUUAAUGAGCAUAAGAUGAAAUGUCAUAUUUUAUUGUGUCAUCUGUAAGGUUUAGAGGCUAAUGAUGAUGAGAUAUUAGAUCAUGAAAAGUUUAAGUUUUAUUGACUUUACAGUUGUAUCUUACCGGACCGUAGAAAUCUGUUUGACAUUUGAAUAGAAAUUUGUCCUAGAACACUUGAAAUAUACAUGCACUGGCCCGAAUGACUUGGAUGAUUAUUAGACUUAUGAAAGAUUAACUUAUGCAAGUUCAAAUUUUCUAUACUUCAAUGUACAUGUAAUUUUGAUUAAUUGUAUGGAUAUUUUGUUGUUUUUCUGUGUUAUCAAAGAAAAGUGAAUAAUGAAAUUCCAUUCCUUGGAAAUUUUCAUAAAUGAUGAGCUGUCAUGACAAACAUGGUAGUAUUUUUAAGAUGAGUUUUUCUACACAUCCAAGAUCAUGUUUUUUAUCAUAUUGUGCAUCUGAAAGUGCAGGUAAUUUGCCUUAUGCAAAUCUGGGACCACAAAAAUCAUUGAGACUUGGGAUAUAUUCAAAUAAGAAGAGAUAUUUCAAACAUGUUUUGCACUAUGUGGUCUAAAAUAUCUUUUUUGAAUUGAGUGAAUAUUUGAGGUAGGCAAGAUUACCUUUAACUACAAUAUUAGAUAUCUAUUUUCCCAUAGUUCAUCUUCGAAAUAAAAUGUUCUUUAAUUAACUCUGUGAGGAAGCUAUUUUCUGUAUUCAAAAGCAUUCCCAUUUUAACCAGUUUUAUAUGAUGUUUUGAUAAUGGUUAGAGUUAUUUGUUGUUAUUUUUUACCCAUUCUUGCCAUUGUUCUUUAACCAGGGAAGUAUUCUGUGAAAACAAAUUUCACUGACAAUUGUUAUAAGCUACUGAAAUGCUUGUCUGAUUGGCUGAGAGUAGAUUGGUCAGUUGUAGUGUUUGAUAUGUAAUAAUGAGUAUAUAAUCAUUAUGAUCAAGUAUAGUGACUAGGUGCUUGUUAGAGCAGUAAUAAAAUGCUUCUGAUCAGAUGAUUUUUCCGUCACCAGGGCGGAGAGUGUCAGCUGUAAAUUAAUGUUAUUAAAAAAUGAAACAUAUGAAGUGAUAUCAUCGCUUGGUUGUUUUUCACUUUUUAUUGUUUUUUAAACCAAUGUGAUGUACAUAUCAAACAACAUAAUGAGAUUGGAUAUAUCUGUACAAGAUCAACUUCAAAUACGUUUUGCCAAAUUUGGAAGUUGGCAGUUAAAGUAUUAAAAUAUCAUGUGUAUCACUUAUUGAUACUAGUUAA